AUGGCGUGGUGGGGUGGUGGUGCCGGUAAAAUUUGGUUAAGCAGUGAUGCACAAUGGCAUCACCCUGUACCGUUGCCAAGCGUUUCCGCUGGUCAACCCGCGCAGUCCCUGCUGCCGCCUGCUAUGUUACCGGCAGGGCUGGGAAUACCACCACUGAAUCCCACAUCGCCUACUACAUCGAUCUCGCAGCACGCGAUUCCCAACAGUCUGCUGACCAUCCGCGAAAUGAUGCUACAAAAUCCCAGCCUUGGGCUGCUGAACGAGAGUAAUUUACUGCUGAAAAGAAGCAUGCUGGAAAGCAUGUCGACAUAUCCUCUAGGACCGAAUACGAUGGGUCUGCCGCAGACCACGAGUCCACAAAUUUCCACAUCAUCCCCGUCGUCCAGCAUCGCUAGCUUCGGCCCGCUGAUGCAUUCGAUCAAGAAGGAAAGGGAUGAACUCGACGGCGAUAUAAACCCGCACGAACAAAGUCAUCAUCAGCAUCAUCCUCACCAUCAUCACCAGAAUCACAGCCAACAGCAACAACAGCAGCAGCAUCUUCAUCCCCAUCACCAUCAACCUCACAUGCCACUGGCGCUGCAUCACCAUCACCGCUCCUCGCCGACCACGAUGCUACCACUCCCGCCCACUAGCAGUCCAACUCCGGCAGCAAUGUCGGCAGUAGCAACAGUGUCAUCCCACCAUCACCAGCAACAACAUCAAAGACAUCAAAGAGACUCCGAAGAACGUGAAUUGAAUUUCUAUGCAUUGCCGCCGCUGCCACAGCCGUCAUCAUCACAGCAAGCGUUGCAUUCUCAAUCGUCAUCGGCAGUAACGACGACGACGACGGCGGCGGCAGCAGCAGCAGCAGCAGCGCCGAAUGCUACCAACAGCAACAACAUCACCAAUAACAGCGGCAGUUUUCAUCAGUUCAAACUCGAACAGCCCGAUGACUUCGAGAUCCACCCGAAUCAGCUUCACCAGCAUCAUCAGCAUCAUCAUCACCAUCAUCAAUCACAGUUCGGUCAGCUUCCACCGCAUCAUCACUACCGUCAGCAACCGCCGAUGUCACCGGAUCGAACGUCCAUUCAGGACGGUAGCGGCGGAGGUAGCAACACCAGCAAAAAUAACAACAACAACACCGACGAUGAUGAUCCACCUAUCGACGACGAUGACGACGAUGCGGAAGAUGAAGAAGAAAUUGGUGGUGGCGGCGGUGGGCGCACGAGUGGCCACGGCAAUGACUUGGAUCGGCCGGUCGUCGACGAUGAGUUUGACGACGCAAAGCGACGUUUGACGGUUGGAGUAACAGCAGCAGCAGCAGCAGCAGGCCGUGCAGAAUCACCCGACAGUCGGAAGGGCCUGUUAAACUUGAGCCGGCGCAAGUCUUCAUCACCCGGUAAGUAA